AUGGGUUCUUUGCCUGCUGGAGGUUGGAGACAGCUCGACGUCGGCGUCGUCGGAGGUGGUAUCGGCGGCAUGUCAGUUGCGAUUGCUCUCCGUCGAGCAGGCCAUAAAGUCUCGGUAUAUGAACGCAAUGAUUUCGCCGGCGAAGUCGGCGCAUCCGUUUCCUGUGCCGCAAACGGUACGCGUUGGCUGCAUGAGUGGAAUGUGGACGUCGCAAAGGGCGACCCCGUCGUGCUGAAAAAGCUCAUCAACCGCGACUGGAAGACGGGCGAGCCGGUCAGCGUCUACGACUUGGACGAUUACGAAGAGCGAUGGGGAUAUGUCUACAAUAUGUUUCACCGACAGUACAUGCAUGCGAUGCUGAAAGAUACAGCGUUGGGGGAGGGUGAGGGAACGCCUGCCAAGCUGUUUGUUAACCACAAGUGUAAAGACAUCGAUCUCAGUACCGGGGGAAUAGAGUUUGAAAACGGGUAUUCUGCCAAGCACGAUCUCAUCAUUGGCGCCGACGGCAUCGGCAGCGCCGUGCGGGGCCUCAUCGGUGUCCGCCCCGAGAAGCGCCCUGCCGACUCGAGCUGCUUACACGCCAACGUGCUCACCGAGGAUGCGGUCAAGGCCGGACUGGUCGACUACUCACAAGAUAGCGCUCUGGAAUACUGGGGCGGCCAGGAGGGGAAGUGGGACAAGAUUGUCUUGUCGCCGUGCAACGGAGGCAAACUUCUGUCAUACUACUGCUUCUUCCCGAGAGACAAGGGUGACUACACCAACCAAGCUUGGGGAGUUGAGGACAGACCUGUCGAGGAACUGCUGGCUCCUUACCCUGAGCUUGAUGCUCAGGUUCGCGCACAUCUUGCCAUUGGCAUGGACAUCCAGCCGUGGCGAUUGUGGAUGCACGACCCUUACCCUUACAUUAACAAGAAUAUGGUUUGUCUGUUGGGAGAUGCAGGUCAUCCGAUGAUGCCCCAUCAAAGUCAAGGAGCCUGCAUGGCCAUCGAGGAUGCUGCUGCACUUGGUAUUCUCUUCCGUCCCAAGUACUUUAACGGAAAUGUCGACGAGACCCUGUCCAUCUACAAUGAGGUGCGCCUGCCUCGUGCUACGAGGGUUCAAUCGGCAGCCGCCAAGGCAGCUUACAACAUCAACGAGCGUAUUGGUUUCUCAAGCAACGCAGGCAGCUGCAAUACCUACAAGGUCGAAGACGAGAAGGCCAAGCUGACGAUAGAAGAGAUGAAUGCUUACGACAUGUACAAAGAUAUCGAGGAGGUGAUUGCUAAGCGCGCCGGAACCCCGUUUACUCAGAAGUUUACAAAAGGUCUCCCAAUCGGUAUGAAGCUUCCGAAUGGAGUAGUCAUCGGAGAGUGA